CAAAUUGUAUUGUAAUAAAACUUGUGAUUUCCACUCCUAGCAGAAACCCUGUGAAGUACAAAGUCAGAUUUCUUUUUCAUUCCAGUCAUUAAUCCUAAAAGUGUGUUUCCCAGCAUGAUCCAGACAGACAGCUUUUGUUGAUAAAGCUCUGAGACUGGAUGUGAACUUUUCUCUCCGUUUUACAGUCUGUGCAGCCCAAUCGAAAGUAAAGGGAUGUGCAAAUGGAUGGGUUGAAUUCACCUGCAAUUAUCCUGACAAAGAUGAGAAAUAUAAAAGGGUUGAUGUGGUUAAUCCCAGAGGAAGAACCACGGGAACCUCCAAAAAGAAUGAUUGGGAAAACAGAGGCAACAUUUCCCUGUUCCAUGAUACAGGAAAUAAAAAUCUCACAGUGGCCAUCAAACAACUUGAAGGUGAGGACUUUGGGGAUUACAUGUGUAAAUUUUACGAAGAAUCUGACUCCGAUGCAGAAGAGCAUAAAGUAACACUGACAGUUGAUGACAACUGCCAGGAACCACUGAAUCACACAACGUACAAAACAGCUAAAACCAACAUUACAUGUGAUUACAGCGGACGCAGGCAAGAAACCAGAGUCAAGUUUUUCUGCAAACAGAACGGUUCAGUCUGUGAGGAAGUUUUAUCAACAAAACCGUCUCAUACUCUCAGCAUGUCCAUCAGUAAUGUGUCCUCACAGCAUGCUGGUGUCUACUGGUGUGGAGUGAAAUCAGAUAAAGGCCAUUACAGAGCUGGACUAGGGAGAAUACAACUGGCAGUUAACGAUAUUCCUAUCUUAACAAAGUCUACAACUAUUGGACAGAAUCUCACAUACUGGUACCAAUAUCCAAAAGGCACUUAUAAAACCAUAUUCAUCUGUAAGGGAGAAGACCCAUCUACAUGUGAUACUCUCGCAGAUACCUUACCACCCAACAAAGCAACACCAAACACUGGGAGGUUUUUCAUAACGGAUGGCAGAGUGAAUAGAAAUAUCACCAUUACAGUGGUAAAUGUAAGAAGAGAAGACACUGGGACAUACUGGUGUGGAGGAGAAAGCAUUAACCCAAAAAAGAACAUCUCAUUCCACAAACUUCAGAUGACUGUCGUUUGGUCUCCUGCAGGUGGCUCUUUGUUAACUGUAACCAUCCCUGUGGUCAUCUGUGUGGCUGUGCUGCUGCUUAUGUUAGUUCUCCUCUACAUGGGAUUUCAGCGCAAGAAAAACACAAGAAAUGGAAAAGCACAGAACAAGGAGGAUCGUCCCUAUGAGGAGAUACAGGAGCUCCCUCAGAAGCCGGGCUCAGGAACUGCACUUAAAUCAAUUUAUGUCACUGCCAACGCUCCCACAAGCCCCCCUCCCUCACACUAUUACUCCUCCAUCAGCUUUCACAAGAGCUCUGGUGAAGCUAGUGGUGACACAUACUCUACCGUGAAGGACAACAUCCAAUGUCCCACCUACUCAACUGUCAAUCACCCAUCCAGACUUCCUGAAGACCCUUUCUAUUCCACUGUCAACAGGCCACAGCAGCACUGAGACAAGUCCUGACUUAUUUUAGUUCAUUUAACUUUUUAAAGUUUGAAAAAACAUAGAAAAAAAUGUCAACAAAUUAUAUUUAUAUUACCACAGCUAUAUUUUAUAGAAUAGUUAU